AUGUCUCCAUCAGCUAUCAUUAACGACACCGAAUCCGCGGCCGCAGAGGCCCCUGGUGCCUCCAUCGUGCCCAAGGACGCACCUCAUACUAAGCACGGCCAUGAGCUCGCCAAUAAGACGCCUCUGCAGGCCAUGUCCCACGGCGAGGUCGUGCUCGCCGGCAUCCCCAAGUUCCCCGACUUCGCCUCGAAGCGCCAGUGGCAGCUAGAACAUAUGGCCGCCGCAUUCCGUCACUGGGCCCGCGAGGACUACAUCGAGGGCAUGAGCGGCCACAUUUCCGUCAGGGACCCCGAGUACCACGACGCCUUCUGGACGAAUCCCCUCGGUCGGCACUUUGGCCUGCUCAAGGCCAGCGACAUGAUCCUCGUCAACUUCGACGGCGCCGUCAUUGGCGGCAAUCGCUCUAAGCCGCCCAACACGGCCGGUUUCCUCAUCCACGCCGCCGUGCACAAGGCCCGCCCCGAUGUCCACGCCGUCUGUCACAACCACGGCAUCUACGGCAAGGCCUGGUCCGUCUACGGGCGCCGGCUGGAGAUGCUCACCCAGGACGCCUGCAAGUUCCGCGGCGACGCUCACAGUGUGUACAACAGCUAUGGCGGGGUCGUCCUUGGGCCCGAGGAGGGCGAGGCUAUUGCCAAGGCGCUGGGCCCCAGGGGCAAGGGCUGUAUCCUGCGGAACCAUGGCCUGUUGACGGUCGGACAGACCGUCGACGAGGCUGCGUUCCUAUACACGUCCAUGGAGCGCAGCUGUCGCGUGCAGCUUCUGGCCGAGGCGGCGUCAGCCAACGGACUGCAAAAGGUCUUGAUCACGGACGAGGAGGCGCAGUUCAACUUUGAUGUCGAGAGUGACCCAGAGAUAUGCUACUGCGAAUUCCAGGUAUACUACGAUUUGGAGGAUGAGUUGACCAACGGUGCUUUCAAGAAGUAG